AUGGAAUCUCUGGGUUUGCAGGGAUUUAUGUUGUGGGUUUCGUCUUCUUCUAUUACUAGUGCCCUCCAAUCCUCGCUUUUUGAAUUUGAAAGUGAUGUUGCCAGAUUACAACGGCGACGUAUUGACCUAAAGCAAUGGUGUUUUCACCUUUUUGGCCCUGCCUAUGAUAGAUUUUUCAAGCAAAUAAUAAGGAGUUACCAAUCUCUGGACGCGGGAACCGAAUCCUUCCCUCCAUUUGCCUUUCUUUCUCCACUCUCUAUUGGGAUUCUUUCUCCCUCUAGAUCACGACUUUACUGCUUUCACCGAACACUGAAAUCUCCAAAUUGCCCCCAAAACCUAAAUUCCCAAUCUAAAUUCAUAAUCCUAAAUCAAUUGCUUCAAUUUUAUGAGGAAUCAGCUGUUAGAGGGGAGCUGCCAGCGGUGGAGAAUGCUACGGACGAACUUCGGCAACCGGAGCGUAGGAGCGUUCGCCGGAGAUUGGUGCAGUCCACGCUGUUGCCGCAUAAACCUCAGGAAAAUGAAGUAAUUGACGACCAUAAGGGGCACAAGGAUUGCAAUGCCGACGAUCAGGGUGCUGAAGAUAAUGAUUUUAUUGGGAGUCAAGGCAAGAAGCAAAAGAAGCGCAAGGGGAAGGCAACUUCUCCGACAAAAGCGUCUAAGAAGCCAAAGGAAAAAGAUCCGGCCGGUACUCCGAAAAAGAAUGUGAAGAGUAAUGGGAAAGUAUUGGCUACUCCUAUUGAGAUUGCGGAUGGGUCGCCACAACCUAUGCCUAAUCUGAGGUUAGAAGAAAAGAUGACAGCUGAGGAAAAUUCACGAAUGUUUUCUGGAAGAAAAAUACACCCAUUUUUCUCAUCAUGGAAGGUGGGGAAAAGAUGUGAAGAGAGUAAUAAAGAAGAGAGAAAUGAUAAUAGGCUCACUAUUGGUCCUAUCCAUGUAUUUUAUAAGGUUCAGGGUGAUGAUGUGUCUUUUGAUUGGAGAAAUUGGUCAUUUUGUGAGAAAUCGUCUAUAAGUACCACAUAUGAUCGAAAAGGCGAAUCCGCAUCAAUUUUGGAAGCCCCCGUUGACUCGUUACAAAUUGAUCAACUUUCCACUUUUGCUCUUCCCUCUGGUGCUUCAGCUCCUCAAGAUAAGGCUCCUUUAGAUCAGUGUCUUAUUCAACUAGAUGACACGUGUGAGACAACACUAACAAUCUCUGCCAUGCCAGCUAAUGAGCUUGUUGGCUGCUGUCUGUUUGUAAAGGGCGCAGAAAUGGAUCACAUGAAACAAGAAGUUGGUCUCUUUUCCUCUCAUGCUGACGGUGUUAAAGAAUUAGAUGCCAGAAUCAGCAAAUAUUUUCAGGAAAGGAUGAUGUCAUACUACAUCAGUGCUUCUCAUCAACCUGAUGGCCACAUAUGGGCAGAUAAAUAUCAACCAAAAAGGGCCAUUGAGGUUUGCGGUAAUGAGGAAUCAGUUAAAUUUUUGAGUGAGUGGCUACGUCUUUGGCGUGAAAGAGAUCAUAAACCAACCAAGGACUCCAUUGGCGGCGAUGAAAGUGACAUUGAAGAUAAUUAUGAUGAUUGGUAUCCAAGUGACUCUAGUUCAGGAAACAUCAAUGGAGCCUGGCGAAGAAUCUCCUCUUAGUCACUGGACCAGUGGGGGUACAUAGAUUUUAUGUUUCUAAAUUUUGCUGCUUGUUUGCUCGUUGAAAACUGUAAUCCAUAAUUGCAGCAUGCCAACUAAUAAUAUGCUGGUUCAAAUGGUCUAUACCCUUUCUUUUUUUUAACGAGCCCCUGGACUCUUAUCACUCGAUGCAAUCUGAGGGAAAAUGUGCAAUGUACUUUGCAAUUCUUCCAUUUCCUUCUUUUCUUGAAUCCCAAUUGUAUGAUUAACUUUUUCUUUCCGAAAUGGAUGCUUAGCACAUUAGCGAUUAUCAGAAUAUAUUCUCAAACAUGUCAUGUGCAUGCACUAUAUCUUUUGUUCACCUUCUCUUUCG